AUGUCCACAUUGCAGGUCCUUAUGGGUCGGGCAGGCGCCCGGCCCAGCGGCGCUCCCACCAGCCCCGAUAGAGCCGAGCCCACAACCAAGGCCGAACAAAUCCGCCGGUUCGAUUACCACGGCAAUGAGAGGGAAUUUAUGGGCAGCGCGGCCCGGGAGGCCAUGUUGCUCCUGGACAUCGAAGCCUACACAAGGGACAACCGCAGAGCGAUCAGUUCCGUCUGGUCAUGGGCCCGCCUCGUCUGCCAAAAGGACGAGGCCCUGUUUGGCUCCAGCCAUAUUCUGGCAGACGUUAACCGGGCCGAUUGUGUCUGCCCGACCGCCGAGGAAGUCGCCGCCCUCGCUGCGGACAUGGCGGAUGCUUGA